CUGGUAAGCAACUAAGCAAGUGUACUGAGGACGGAGGCAUCGAUCCAGCGUUCCAGCUAGCACGCACGCAGCCAGCACCCAGCACCCAGCAGUAGAAUCUAUAUAUCGUACGCAAGUAGUGGAUCGAGGCAUCUAUCUGCAGUCCCUUUCUUCUUCUUCCUCUUGAUUGAUAGGUGCGCCGAAGCUUGUUUUGUUGGGUGGCCUUUGUCUCUGUCGUCUCGUCUCGUCUCGUCUUCCGCCCGGCCGCCACCACCUGCAGGCUAUACUAGCUAGCUAUUAAGUCCGGCCAACCAAGCAGCUCGAUCAGGUCGGUCGACGGCGGGGACAGUUCGGAGGGAGGAGGCGGCCGGAGACCGAAGGACGCCUACCAUCAACUCGCGGUCCUGGCCGCGCUGCCGAAAAAUUAAAGGAAGAGGACGAAGGCUGACCGAUGGACGAUCGUUAUCCUCAUCAUCAGUCGUCGAUGGCGACACCGGCAGCAGCGAGCAAGAUGAGCAAGAAGCUGCAGGGCGGUGGUGACCGUAGUAGUGGCAGUAGUAGUAGGGGCAGCGGCAACAGUGAUAAGCAGCAGGUGCCGGCGGCGGCGAUGAGGAAGGGCCCGUGGACAGAGGAGGAAGACGCUCAGCUGGUAUGGUUCGUCCGCUUGUUUGGUGAACGCCGGUGGGAUUUCUUAGCAAAGGUCUCAGGUUUGCGCGGUGGCGGGUGCAUCCGAUCCCCAAGCAUGCAUGCAUGCAUGCAUAUGUAGAUGCAUGCGUGCGUGGGGAUGGAUUGAUGUAGGAUGGGCUAUGGCGAUGGGUGUUGAUUAACCAUUUCUUUUCUCUCUCUCUUGUGCGUGCCCUGCUUCUUCUCUGUGCAUGCGCAUGUGUCGGCGGCGUACUCGUGCAGGUCUGAGGCGCACCGGCAAGAGCUGCCGCCUCCGCUGGGUCAACUACCUCCACCCGGGGCUCCGGCGCGGCCGCAUCACCGCCGACGAGGAGCGACUCAUCCUCCAGCUCCACGCGCAGUGGGGCAGCCGCUGGUCGCGCAUCGCCAGGAGCCUCCCCGGCCGCACCGACAACGAGAUCAAGAACUUCUGGAGGACGCGCGCCAGGAAGCAGAAGGCGGCGGCGCAGCAGCAGCAGCAGCAGCAGGACAGCCGGAGCAGCAAGACGGCGACGGCGUCGGCGUUCUCAGGGUCAGCGUCGUCCGUGACUACCACCACGUCCAGCUGCUCUGGCUCUCCUAGUCCGACCAGCCGCGGCUGUGGCACGGCCACGUCAUCGUCCGCUCUGACCGAGUCCGCGCUGCGGCAAAGCGGCGGCGAAGACGAGGACGCCGAGCUCGACGAGGCGUCCACCACCACCACCACCACGGCAAGCCAGCGUCAACACCAAGACGACGACCACCAGCAGCAGCACCAGGAGUGCUACGCCUCGGACCACUUCUGGAACGACAUCGCGGCGGCGGAGGCGGCCAUCUACAUGUUGAUCGACGGCGGCUGGACAGGGUCCGGCCCCGGCCAUCCCGCCGCCGAUCCGCCUUCGUCGCCGGCGUGGGAGUACUGCUCUGAUUACUCGCUCUGGAGGAUCGACGACGACGAGUACUACGAGAAGAUGCUCGACUCCUCCUCCUGAUUCGAUUAUCCAGCCAUCACACGCAUAUGCAUAUCUAUCAUUAGCUUAUUUCUUUCUUUUUUUUGUGCUGAUUAGUCUAGCAUACAGCAGCUAUGAGAAUCCAAAGCUUCGGUUCGGCUUUCGUUGCAUCUCUUUGUAUAAUACUGUAACAUAUCUAUAUAUAUAUAUGUAUGAUAUGA